AGUACUUCGGAGGUUGAUGUGGCAACAUAGCAUGGCAACCCUGUGUAUCUGCUUCUGGCCACCACUGGAAACACCAGAAUUUAGAUUUCUUUCGCCUGAAGCAAGAAUAAAAGCAGGAAAGUGACGCCAUUUCUAUUAAGGCUUUCCUUGGGCUCAGAAAACUUUGGUUAAACCCCUGAUUUUUUUAGUACAGUAAAUAUAAUUCUUUUGUUGCCCUCAGUGCGCGCCAUACCAAAUUUGAUUGGCGUCCCAUACUCAUUUUCUGUCGUUGGUGGCGGUGUCAAGAAUGGAAAAAAAAACAGGACUUCGAGUACUGUCUUUUAAGAUCUGACCAAGUGUAGAAUAAUGUGGGAAGAAAUGCCCGGGAAAAAGGGAAGUUCGUCAGCUGACCUUUGUCAUAUACCGUAUGAUGGAGUACCAUAUAUUUUUCAAGGGGCAAAGAAAAUGGAUUGUGAAUUUGGGAAAUUCAGAAAAGGAGCGAAGGUCAAGGACGUUCCAAAUCGGAAAAAGAGGAAAUCAAAGAAAUGUGAUUGUCGUGCAUUUAUUUAUCUCCGCGAAAUUCUGAAAUUUAACCAAUAUAAGAUAAACCAGAACAGUAAGUAUAACCGUCGGACAGUAUCAAGACGCCUUCGGGAUCAAAUUAUUGAAGCUAAGAUAGAGGACAUCCCACACGAAUAUAGGUGUUAUGUACAGUUUCCCCGCGUUGAGGAUCACAAAGGACAUGAAACUGGUGCAGAUGCUGCAAUUCUUCAAAUGCCCAAUGAAACAA